AUGAAGAUGAGCAAAGUAGGGAACCAAACAAACUCGCAGGACCCUCAAGCGGUGAACUCAAGGGUGUUCGUCGGCAAUCUGAACACAUUCCAGUGCUCGAAAACGGAUGUCGAGAGGAUGUUUCAACGAUAUGGGAGGCUGGCGGGGAUAUCAAUGCACAAAGGAUACGCUUUUGUUCAAUUCACGAACCCCUUUGACGCAAGAAGUGCCUGUUUAGGAGAAGAUGGAAGGACCGUACUCAGCCAAAUCUUAGAUGUAAACAUGGUGGCAGAACCGAAACCUCAUCAGACUGGUAGAAAAAGGCAGAAUGUUGUCCAAACUGUGAACGACUGACUAAACGAGUACAUGGGCUUGGAUUGA